AUGUAAUAAAUUCCUAAUUUAGAAAACGAUGAUUUUAUUGAAAAAUAUUAAGUUAAAGGCUAACUAGGAAGGGGGUCAUAUGGUGCAGUUUAUUAAGUUAUUGAUCCCAAUGGAUAGAUAUAUGCUCUUAAAUGUAUAUAUAAAAGUCGUUUUAAAGAAGUCAAUGGAUAAGUGGGAAAUUUAAUUUAGAACGAAGUUGAUGCAUUAUAAAAACUCGAAAGUUAAUAUAUUGUUAAAUUAAUAUCAACUUUUUAUUCGGAUUAUCAAGGAGAAUCUCUUUUUUGCAUAUUAUUGGAAUUUUGUGAAGGUGGAAAUCUUUUGGAAUAUUUAAUUCAACAGUAAGAUACAUUUAAUUAACAAAAUGCCAUAAUUUUUUUCAAAUAAAUCCUUUAAGGAAUGAAGGAAAUCCAUUAGAAGAGGAUCAUUCAUAGAGAUCUAAAAUUAGCUAAUAUUUUGAUACACAAAGAUCAAAUAAAAAUUGCUGACUUUGGUUUCUGUCAUAUCCUAAAUUCUGAUACAAGCUAAAUUAAUUUGAACUUAGGUACACUCGGCAAUUAGGCACCAGAAGUUUUGGAUGAUUAACCUUAUGGAUUAAAGUCGGACAUGUUUUCAAUAGGUGUCAUUUUAUACUAAUUAUUGUUUCUUGCAUAUCCAUUUAGUAUAAAAAAUUAGGAAACCUUUUUAGACGAGGUCUCGAAUUCAAAUCCACCUUCAUUUAAGAAAAAUGGUAGAAAAGUAGAACAAUAUUUGGAAGAUUUACUUACCAAAAUGUUAAGAAAAGAUCCCGCUAACAGAUUAGAUUGGACAGAUCUAUUCAAAUCCAAGCUAUUUCAAAAUAGUUAUUCAUGUAUUCUAAAGAUGAUAUAAAGAAAUUUUUGGUUUAUCAACAAUAGAUGA